CGCGACUCUGCCUUUUCCAAUAUCAAGCGAGCAUUGGCUACUGCUUGAUCUUCAGCGACUGAUCUCCGAGAUAUGUUAUAGCCGCCUUAUUAUCCGAUUCGAGUAUCGCUGCAUCCCGACCGGCGCACCUCUCGUGCGACCUCUGUCGACCUUUCACCUUUCUCUUGCCUCUCCCAUCAUGAGCGAUCUCGACAAGGCGAUCGCGCAACUGCGCUCAUGCCGCCCCAUUCCAGAAGACCAGGUGCGGGAGCUCUGUCACCGCGCCAGAGAGCUGCUUAUCGAGGAGGGCAACGUCGUCACCGUGACGGCGCCGGUAACAAUAUGUGGUGAUAUCCACGGCCAGUUUCACGAUCUCAUGGAGCUGUUCCGCGUCGGCGGCGACGUGCCCGACACGAAUUAUCUCUUUAUGGGUGACUUCGUCGACCGUGGCUUCUACUCUCUCGAAUCAUUCUUGUUAUUGCUUUGUCUCAAAGUCCGAUACCCCGACCGCAUGACACUGAUCCGCGGCAAUCACGAAUCUCGCCAAAUAACGACGGUAUACGGCUUCUACGACGAAUGCCUUCGCAAAUACGGCAGUGCAAACGUAUGGCGCUACUGCUGUGACGUUUUUGACUAUCUCGCCCUUGGCGCCAUAGUUCUGGGAGCGUCCAGCACUCUCUCGCCUGGCAUGCCGGAUGACGACGACACCGAAAUCGAAGUAUGCGACCAAGCAGGCUCCAUCAUCAGCCGCUUUCCUCGGCAGCGCGCCAACCAAUCAGCGUCCCAAGAGAAACUCGAAGCUCCUAACAAAAGCACAGCAGACAAGACUGGUCCGCCUGGUUCAGGAGCGUCAGGAUCCAGCAGUGGAAGCGUGGGCAAUCCGACAGGAGCCAUUCUCUGUGUGCACGGUGGAUUGAGCCCGUUGGUUGACACAGUAGACAAAAUACGGCUCAUCGACCGGAAGCAGGAAGUCCCGCACGAAGGAGCCAUGUGUGAUCUGCUGUGGUCCGAUCCAGACGAAAUUGACGGUUGGGGUCUCUCGCCCCGAGGCGCUGGGUUUCUAUUCGGAGCCGAUAUUGUCAAGGUUUUCAACCAUCGGAAUGAUCUGAGUCUCAUUGCUCGUGCGCACCAGCUGGUCAUGGAGGGAUUCAAGGAGAUGUUUGAUGCCUCCAUUGUCACCGUCUGGUCAGCUCCAAACUACUGCUACCGAUGCGGCAAUGUUGCGGCCGUGCUGGAGCUUACAGAGGAUGAGUCAGGUACAGGCAUUUUCCAGAGGACAAACGGAGAUGUAGGCCGCAGUUCUGGCGCCGUUAUUGAGUCGAGGGGUGGCCCGAAGAAUGGCCCUGCUCGACGAUAUCGGGUAUUCCAAGCUGCGCCCCAAGACUCUAGGGGGAUGCCAGCCAAGAAGCCAGUCGCUGAUUAUUUCUUGUAAGAUAGAGAUUGCUUGUUUCUUUUUUUACGGCCAUUUAGAGGCUGCUUCUUCACCCCCCUUGGUCAAGUUACCAUUCCUGUAUAUUUGGUAAUCAGUCCUAUCCAAGCGCAGCAGAGGGUUGUACGAAUGUUUUUACUUUUAUUUCCAUUUUCUGGAGGGCGAAUAUACAUGCACUUGGGUUACG